AUGUCGGGAGGAGGAGAAGAGGGAUAUGAGGAGUUGCCAUUCGCAUUGGAUAUAAUAAUUGAAAUAUUGAAAAGGCUUCCAAUAAAAUCAUUGAUUAAAUUCAUGUCCGUUUCAAAGCAAUGGAAAUCCAUCAUCAAAUCCUCCACAUUCGUCUCCGAUCACAACAGAUACGUUCAGCAGCUGCCGCCUUCUUCUUAUGAUCCCUUUUUUGUAUGCUGUAAUCGCCGAAGAUUGAUAGGUUACUCGCAAGGGUUGUUUGGAUUUCUCAAUAAUAUAAAGGAUAGAUUAGUAAUUUGGAAUCCAUUCAUUCGCAAAUCCGUUUUUAUACCCUUCCCUCCUGACCAUCGCUUUCCAACUUAUGACGAUGAUGAUUUUUGUUUCACGGUGGUUUGUAAUGCUACCGAGCCUACGAUUUUCAAGAUUAGCGACGAUUAUAAACCCAUGCGGUUACAGAUCUAUACACCAACAGCCGGGGCUUGGAAGACUGUUUCUAGCACUCUUCCUCGUGAAUCACUUCACAUCCAACAACGGAAAGUAACGGAUAGGUUUAUUUAUUGGAUUGCUAGGCCUAGUAAAUUUUUUAAUUGUUCAGCAAACCAUAUGAUUUUGUCAUUUGAUAUCACUAGUGAACGUUUUACGGAAUUAUGCCUCCCCCCUACUUUAGCAAUACCAGAACGAGAUACUUAUUUGAAGUUAUCACAACAUAGGGAGUCUCUUGUUGUGCUUAAACACCAUAAAAAGAAACAUGAACUCGGUGUACGGAUGCUGGAGCCAGAUGUUGGUGUUCAAAACUUAUUCGCAAAGAAAUUCACUGUCAAGCUGCCAGACACUAAAAUUACACCCAACUUUUCACUAUAUUCGGUCAACUGGAAUCCAGUACUUGGAUUCACAAAAUAUGGCCAACUUAUAUUGCUAAUGCUAUACUUUCCCAGGGAAUGA